AUGGGCCUGGGCAUGCUCCUCUUCGUAGCACAGUUCCUGGACUUUUUGUCCACGACCAUGGCCAUGCUGGUCCUGGUGGCACUGGUGCAUGGAGUCUACGUGGUGAGACCCUGCAUCCCCGUCGGCUCCGCCGAACGCACGGCGCUGAUGAGGGUGACUGGUUCCUUUGGCGCGACCUUCCUUCUGUCCACGCUCUUCUGCGGCUUCAAGGUGGACGGACCCAUCAGCCCCUUUGGUGUUCUGCGAGGUCCGGCUGCGAUGCCUUAUUUGCUGAGCAGGACGAUUACAGGCGUUUUCUGCCUCAACCAGGGCUUCACCCUUGCGCAGGCAUCGGAGGCUGCAGACAAGAAACCCUUCAUCCUCAGGUUUGCCUUCUUAUCCUCGGCGUGGCUUCUCAUCAUGCCUUUCAUCAUGCUCUUCUCGAGCGAAGAUUCCUGGCAUCGAGAAGCCGUGAUCAUGGACCUGACGACGGCUGCGGCCUUUAGCAUCCUGCUCUGGGACUUCUGGCCCAGCCGUUUCGGAGCCCUGUUCAGCUGCAUCAAGCCAACUGCAACCUGUCUCACGGGAUUCAGGAGCGGUUGCAUCCCUACUCUGAGUCUGGCCCUUGCACGAGUCUCCGUGUCCAGCAACUUGUGGGCCAUGCUGCGCCUGUCCGUGAAACGCUUGGGACUGCGGCCGGCACGGCCAUUGCUUGCAACCGUGGCUGGCCAUGGGCAACGUAUGAGGAAGCAGUCCUUCGGCUACGGCGACCAUGCCCCGCCCGAUGCGCCGGGCUUCGGUGGUGAGCAUCAGCAGUACCCACCAGAGACCGUGGGCAACACGGUGAAGUACAUCUCCGAGAACAUGACCAACCCACCCAAAUAUAAGGAGAUCAUUGAAGGAAUUGGCUACCCUGGGCAGAAGAACUCGCAUGGUGGUUUGUGCACCCUGGGCCGCAUCUACUACGGCCCGGGCCGUUACGACUAUGGCCGCCCCAAGAUGCCCAAGGGAUGGGUUGCCAACUUUUUCUAUCCUCUCUGGGAGUUCGGCCACAUCUUCUUUGUUGCCGAUCGUUGGCUGGCGUGGCGUGCCCUUCGUCACAUCUUGGCCAUCACCAUUUGCUUCAUCCCAAUGAACAUCCACAUGCAUUGGAACGCCCGGAUGAUGGAGGAUUACAAGAAGACACACGAGUGGUGA